CUUUGGUGGUCGACGGGGCGUCGUCUGUUACGGAGGUGGUGAAGGCGAUGGUCCACAAACGCACAGAUGCGGCCCUAGUGACUUCCCGGACGGGAAAGGUCUUGGGCAUUUUAACAGACAAUGACGUGACGCGCCGGGUGAUUGCACAAUACAGAGCGGAGACCGAGACCCCCAUAAGCACCAUCAUGACUGAGAACCCCAAGUCUGUUUCGCAAGACAGUGACAGUAUCGAUGCGCUGACCACUAUGGUGAAGGGCCGCUUCCGGCACCUGCCUGUGAUGGGCCCGCAUGGUCAGGUAGUGGGCUUGUUGGACAUCGCCAAGUGUUUAAGCGACGCGAUCACCCGACUGGAGAGGAGAGAAGAGAAAACUGCCUCCUCCCUGGCAGCCGCAUCGGCGGGCGUCGCCCAGGGGGGCCAUGGAGCUUUGAUGCACCUCAUGCAGCUGUUGCAGGAGCAAUCAGAGCCGGGUAGAGACUGUAACCCUUCUCUGCGAGCAUUAUUAGGGCAGCAGGGGGCACCGACCAACAUUGUCCGGGCCACUGUGAACGUACGUACGGCCGCCGAAGUCAUGAGUAAGUGUCGGAAGGCGGUGUUGGUGGUGGAUGAGGAUGAAAGCUUGGUGGGGAUCUUCACCCCCAAGGACAUGCUAGGCAGGGUGGUGUCCCAGGAACUGAGCCCAGAUUUCACGGCGGUCUCGAGUGUUAUGACGGCCCGGCCAGACACGAUCGAGGCAGAGGCCACGGUCUUGGAGGCCUUGUACAUGAUGCGCGAGAACCAUUAUCUGCACCUACCCGUGACGGACAGCCGGGACGGGUCGGUGGUGGGGCUGGUGGACGUCAUGGAGAUUGUGCACGUGGUCUGCGGCCGGGAGGAUGGAGGACGUCAGUUCUGGGCCUCCGCGCAGGAGAGCGGACGGAAGGGACGGGGGGAAGGGGAAGGGUGGUCGUCCGCAUCCGAACUGAGCUCGCACGCUGCGGCAAGGCCGUCGCGCCAUCCCGGGAGCAUCAUCGCAGGGCCUCGCUCCACCCUCCGCGGCGCCGGCCCCGACCCUGACGAGCAGCGGCACAUACAGGCCAAUCCUGUGGACCCGCAUGAGGACCUGGAGAGCGCGUCGGUCCUCGCCGGCAGUGGUCAACCCCAUACCUCCAACCUUCACGUGUUGAUGUCAUCCUCUGCGGAGCCUGCGCUCGAGGGCCGAGCCUCACAGCUAAAUGGUUCUACCUCCCGCGGUGCUUUAAACGCACCCGGGGGCGCUCAAUUUCGGCUGAAGGUUGUUGGCGAGGACGGUGCUGUCAAGACGGUGACUGUGCCAACGGAAAAUUUCGAGGCCGCCAUCGAGGCCGUUGGCAAGGCGUUAGACAUGCCGACUGGCCAGCGGGCAUGGACCUAUGUGGACGACCAGAAGGAUGUGAUCACGGUUGAUACUGACGAGGGGUUUGAGGAGAUGCUGGCAUACGCACACGGAGCACACUUAUCGGUAUUGAAAGUUACGAUAAUCAAACGCCGGCGACCGAAAACGCGACGUAGCAGCGGGGCAAGUAGCGGUGGGAGAAGCAGCGGCGGCAAAACCUUAACGGUCUUGGCGAUGAGUAGCAUUGUAGGCUUGGCUGUUGUGGGCAUUGCGAUCAUGGCAGGGCGCAAAUAUCGAUGACUUGCUCCAACCAGAUUUCGAUCUGAUAUGAAGUGACAAAGUACAUGGUAGAAUCUGAAAGCGACUAGUAGGUAUUUCAUGAUUUUUUUUGGGUUCUUCGUGACAACUCCAGCACGUGAGAAACUGAGCAUGAAUAAGACACACAUUGCACAUGGUGGGUGGAGACACUGCAUUAAACCCACAGCCUGUAUGAGGUGGUUGGAGAUAUCAGAAUUGUGGUGAGAUAUCUGCAGCAGCAACUUCGGUGGAGGAUGCCUAAAAUAAAAAUCUAAAAAGAACAUAAAGAACUAUCAGAGAAGUGAAGAGGGG